AACAAAAAACAAUUGCAAGUAGUUUUUGUAAUUGUGUUUCUUGUGGAAUCGACACCAUCUUAAAUAAAUUCUUCAUAUAUAUGUAUGUACAUAUAUUGUACGAAUAUUUUGUGGUAUAAGUUAACUUCCGCAUUGUUUAUUCGGAGAUAUGAUUUAGAGUUAAACAAAACAAUUGUAAAUUUCGCUUAAAAACUGAGUGCCUUAUAGUGAAAUAAAAACAUUAAGCAAAGUGCAUUUUACAGCAAGAAAAAAAACUUUUUGUAAUCAAAACAUGACAAAAUACUAUUCGUUACUCUAACGGGAAGUGCAAAAACACCAUAAUAUAAAAUAUGAUUAAAUGUAAAUGUUAUUCCCCAUUUAUUUACAGUAAAACAAUAGUAACACAAGUACCUGAAUAGCUAGAAAUAUGAAAGAGACAUCAUUUCAAAUUGAUUUAAUUUAAAACAAAACUAACAAAAAAUUAAGAUUAAGUUUCUAUAUAUAUAUAUAUAUAUGCAUGUAUAUAUUGAGUUCACAGACGAGAUUAAGUCAGAAGAACGUACAAAUAGUAGGUUAUAAAGUCCUCUGAAAUAACAUUAGCAUAAAAGAUACAAAAGAUAAGAGCGCGAACUCUAUUAUACUCUAGCUUCAUCUGAUUUCCACAAGAAAGUAACCAACCGUCAUGUAUAACUCUCAUAACUCAUUGAAACAAAUAUCGACCGAUGUUAGAUACACCGUCGCUGCUUUAAACUUAGAAGAAAAUAAAAAUCCAAAGAAGAUAUGUCAAAAAUUAAAUGCAAAAGUACCUGCACGAUUAGUUUUAUAUUUUUUAUCAUGGUCGGGAUUUCUUGUAUCGUUCAUGAUGCGCAACGAUAUGAAUUUUGCCCUGGUCGCAAUGACAACACCCACAAAUAAAUCAUCACAUUUGCCUGAAGGAAAUCCAGUAGCAUCAUUACACAAUUCGUCAAGUCCAUCGAAUGAAUCUAUUACAACAUCAUACUACCCAGCUAAUGUUAGCGAAUCGUGUCAUUUUUCAAACACCAAAUUGUGUAUGCAUUAUGAUUGGUCUUCUCCUAUACAAUCCAUAAUACUGAGCUCGUUUUUUUGGUGCUAUGUGUUGUCUCAGGUGGCCGGAGGAAUUGCAACUCAGUACUUUGGUACAAAGCGUGUGUUUGGCUGGUCACAGUUUGCCACAGCCUUGUGUAGUUUAUGUAUGCCAAUAUGUGCUGACUGGCACUACGGACUAGUUAUUGCUUUGCGUUCUAUACAAGGUUUUGCCUCCGGUCUUACUUGGCCGGCUAUGUAUGCCGUUGUCGGCUAUUGGAUACCGCUGGUGGAACGAUCUCGUUUUAUGUCGAGCUUUCAGGGCUUUAGCAUUGGCAUUGGCGUUACAUAUGCCUUGUGUGGAUUUAUAAUCGAGAAAUUUGGCUGGCCAUAUGUAUUUUAUACUACUGGCACACUCGGCAUGAUAUGGUGCCUUUGGUGGUAUCUUUUGGCAUUCAAUACGCCCCAUGAACAUCCAAGAAUAUCCGAGAAAGAACUAGAAUAUAUUGAAGAUAACAUUAGCAGCGAAGUCAAAGAGUCAAUGGGCAUGAAAGUGCCCUGGAAAUCGAUAUUUACCUCAAUGCCAGCAUGGUCAAUUGGCAUAACAACAUUCGGCCGUAUAUGGAUCCAUUAUGUGUUUAUAAUAUAUGGACCAAAAUUUAUGCAAAAUAUUCUAAAGUUUCCGUAUAAAGAGAAUGGCUUCCUCUCUGGUAUGCCAUUUAUAUGUUCCUAUAUAGCGUCAGUAUUUUUCUGUUCGGUAGCCGAUAAGAUGGUGCUAAAAAACUGGAUGUCGCUUACAAAUGUACGAAAACUUUUUACUGCUCUCUCACAAAUUAUUCCCGGUUUGCUAAUAUUUGCUAUAGGUUACAUAGAAGACAUUGUUACGCUUUUAGUGGUGUGGUUUAUAGCUGUUACAUUUAUUACGGCCUCCUAUGCGGGAGCAAUGGCCAGUAUUGUUGAUAUUGCACCGAAUUUGGCUGGUCCAGUUUUGGCGUUCUGUCAAACCAUACAUAUGUCAGCAUCAUUUCUUUCACCUCUUAUCAACGGCAUUAUUUUGCAAGAUGGGGUACACAUACAACAAUGGCGAAUCGUUUUUGGCUUAUCAUCUGUAAUAACAAUUUUAACGUAUUUUGUUUUUCAAAUUUAUGGUACGGCUGAUAUACAAAAGUGGAACAAUCCGUCUCCGUCCUCAACAAGCAACACUGACGGUGAUAAUAACUCUAACGAAGAAGAAUCAAAUCACAUGCUUAAAACACAACCAAAAGAUGACAAAAUCAUUCCAAAAACGUAUUAGUACUUACAUUAUAAAAUUACUUAUGUUUAUAUUAUUAUUGUUAUUAUUAUUAUUAUUAUUAUUGUUUAUUUUUGUUAUGGGUAAUUUUUGUGUAAAAGGUAACCGGAUUCAAACAUGCUAUUUGCCUAACGAUGGUAAAUACCAUGAAUAAUUCCCUUAUACUUAAGUGCCAAAUAGAUAUACUAUAUAUAGUUCAAAGUAAAUGGGAAAUAUUUUACAAAUAGUUAUUAGGUUGGAAAGAUUCUAUUAUUGUGACACUCAAUAGAAGGAGGCAAAUCGUAUAAUGUUAACACCUGCCGUAUCGGCUCUAAUGUUUGGAAAUGCAUUUACAUUUUUGAAAACUAAGCAUUGUUAUAAAAUAGUGGAAUAUUAUGUAAUUUAUAACCAACUAUUGAAUUUAUUACGAAAUCUUUAAUGUAUAAAUGUCCGAAAAAUUAUUAUAGGCUGGAAACUAAUUAUAUUUUGCUUUUAUUCUCGAAUAUAAAUUUUUAACAAAAUUUUAAAGAGAAAUUCGAAAUUUUUUUAAAUUAGUUUAACAAAAUUAAAAAAGUUUGUAAUGGGAGUUUAAAUUACAUUUUUUCCUUUUAACCUUUCCUUUACGAAACUUCAGAGGCGAUGAGCCAGGUUUAACUCUAAGCGAUUUGAUUAAAAGUUGGCCACAUCUCGAAUUUCGAAAGUAGUAAAAAAUAAUCUUUAUUUAUAAAACAUAAAUCCGGUUGCUUUUUACGCAGCAAGGAAUUUCACAACUGUGUCAAAUAUGUACUUAGUUUUAUCCACAUUUUUCUUUUUUUUAAUGGUGUUCAACCUAAUUUACCUUUAAGGUAUUUUUAAUUAAAAAUAUUGUUAUUAAUACAAACAAAUUUUUAUAAAUUUUUUAUGCUACCAUCAAUAUUUAUGUUUUGCAUAUUAAUUAUAUGGGAUAUUUCAUAUCAAGUGAACCAACUUUUGAAAUCGAUGUCUUUCGAUCGCAAUGAAAUUUGCACCAAGGUUAGUACUAUAGUAAGUUACUACUAUAGGAUAGUAAUUCUGGUCAUGAACUCUCUGAGUUAGAGGGUGUCAAUAUUUUACAUUUUUGCCAAACAGGUGUUUUUUCUCAUCCAUGUAACUUAUUACCUAUUGUUCUAAGUAAAAUGUGUCCCAAAUAGUUUAGAUAGCUAUUUCUUCAAUCUUUCGAAAAAAAAUAUAAACAAUUUUUUAUUUUUUUUUUUCCAAAAUCAAAAACUUUUUUCUCAAAAGAAAGCUUUGGUCUUUUCCUUCUUUUAGUCGCUGAGUGGAGUGCGAGUGGCAUAACUAUCUAUCAAAAUAUAUGUUUUGUAACUCAAUUGACUUUUUUUUACAAAAUCUAAAACCUUUCUUUUGAAAUGGACCCUUUUUUAGUUUUUUUUUUGCUCUAAAGAAAUCUUAGAAAUCUAAAUAAAUGUUUCCAAAUAAAUUGGUCUCCAGCAGUACGCCCGCCGUACGGCACCGUCUGUGUAAGUUUCUUAUAUAUGUGAAACCGAAAUUAAAAAACGAACAUAAGUUAUUUGACAAGCGUUGAAAGUGAAGGAUAUUUUCAGAAGAAAUUUGGUUCAGUGUACACACAUCGUAACACUAGAAUACGAAGCAAAUCUAAUGUUGUGAGAGUUUGGUUAACAAUGCUCUAAGCACUUAAAGCAUUUCAUCUCGAUCGGAAGACAUCGAUUUCAAAAGUUGGUUUACUUGACAUGAAAUCCCCCAUAUACAUAAAUAUUUAUAUUUUUAAUGCAGAAUGUCUUCGUCUUCUUCUGUUUCCCAUAAUUUAAAGUGGAUUUUAGAAUCAAAAUCCACCAUAGCUAGCAAAACUGUAUUUACUGUUCAUUAGUUAAAGCCCAGUUGAAUUUGUUUUGUUUUUAGUUAAGUAAUAUUAAACUAACAUAUAAAAGAAGAAUACAAUAUCAAUUAACUUAAAAUGAGGCAUUUGUGAUUUUUCUCGAGUACCAAUCGCAUUACUAAGAAAAUGUUUUUGAUUAAUAUUUAGCAUUAAAAAAAUGUCACUACCGACAAGCACAAAUUUUAACCACGUUCAAAAUUUGCCAACGGCUGCACAAAAUAUACGGAGGUGAUAACUUUGACGUUUUAAAAAAGCCAAACAUCAGUUCCUAAGACUAAUGCUUUCAUGGUAUUAUGAAUUAAAGUAAAUCGCAUGUAGCAAAAGUGAAAGAAAUAUAGAAAAACUUGAUUAUCUUCUGUCUCGUGACACCUCUGUAUACUUUGUGACAACUGCUAAGUUAGUUUUAUAUUAUCCUCAAAAUGACAAAUAAUUUUAACUCAACUAUCUAUAUUUUUUUAAUAUUUUUCAUUUUAGUUUAAUUUUUACAUGCGCCAAUAUCUAAACAUAAUUUACAGUAAAAAUUGCAUAAAACGAUAUACAAAGUCUCUACAUACCAAAACUUCUGAUUCGUUACUCAAAACUAAAAUUUCAUGUGAAAUAAUAUUUCAUAAUUCAUAUAAGAAAAAAACUAUCAAUGAAAUAGCUGUGAAAUUUAUUUAAACAUUUUCAUUAAAUUUUGUACUCGGUUUUUCAACGUGGAAUUGUAGCCUGUUUUCACGAAAAUUUAAAUUGUACAAACAUUUUAAAUGUGUGUGUAAAUUUCACACACAAAAAUAAAUUAGAAAUUUUCCAAAAUAAAAAUAUUUUUCUUGUUAUUUUUAUGUUUUCAAAUGUUGAACUACAUGUGUGCAACUACAACAUUAAAAUUAUUGUUUUCAAACAUUUUCACUACUUCGAACUGAGUACCUAGAAGGUUAUCCAAAUUAUUAGAUUUUUCUUUUGUUCGAAUAAAACGAAUAAUUUCAAUAAGAGAUUUAACAUGUUUGAAUAAUUCGGUUGAAUUGGGAGUGUGAUGAAUUUCGUUCGAUUUCAUCCAUAACACAACCCAAAUGAGGAAUUUUAGUAAUUUAAAACAUAUUAGUCAACAAAUAUGAUAAACCUUUCUAGAAAUGUAUUAAAUUUCGAAAAACUAAAGUAAUAAAUUCAUCACAACAACGAUUAGUUUUCAAAAUACAUUUCUAUCGUAUACAUACCUGAAGAAUAAUUUACAUGGAAUUGCGUAAGACAUCAUUACUUAUUUAAAUUUAUAAUUAUACAAAAUUUUAAAACAUUUGAUUAUUCAUUAUUCGAAAAUGGUUAUAUUUUAAUGCAUAUAACUAAUAAUUAUUCGUUAAAAAAAUUUAUAUUCGAAUGGAUAUCCUAGUACCCAGCUUAAGCAUUACAAUUUACUCAAAAAUCACAUAAAAACUCAACACAAAAAAUUAUUUAAUUUACAAAAGCAAUAAAUAAACAAACAAACAAUAAAGUGCAAAAAUAACUACAUACAAUAAAAUUAAUCAAAAUAAAGAAGAAGCUAUAUGAAUGUUCUAAAAAUAUAAAA